AAAACCCAGCGGCUGCUGCUGCUGCUGCUGCUCCGGCAAUGUCGGCGACGGCGACGGCGAUCCGCUCUGGCGAGCUGCUCGCGUGCUCGGUGGCUCUGCGGAGGGCGGCGCCCGUGGCGGCGGUGUCGUUCAGGACGGGGCGGGCCGCGAGGAAGGCGGGGCGAUUGGCGAUGAGGGUGGUGGCCGCGGCGUCGGCGGAGGGGGAGGCGGUGGAAGGAGGGGAGGCGAAGGGGAAGGGGAAGGGGAAGAAGAGGGCGGCGAGCGGGAUCAUGAAGCCGAAGCCCAUCUCGCCGGAGCUGCAGGAGUUCGUGGGCGGCGCGGAGGAGCUGCCCAGGACGGAGGCGCUCAAGAUCAUCUGGGCUCACAUCAAGGGCAACAACCUCCAGGAUCCAAACAACAAGAAGAUAAUUGUCUGCGACGAGAAACUGAAGAAGAUAUUUGGAGGACGUGAUCGUGUUGGAUUUCUUGAAAUUUCUGGGUUACUCAAUCCUCAUUUCCAGAAAUGAUAGGAUUUAUGUAAAUCUUUGCUCUUUUUGUAUUAGCUGUGACUUAUAUCAGUGUCUUUAGCUAAACCUGUAAUGAAUGGUGCCUUGUGCUGGCUUAAGAAUGGUAAACGUGUUCUUUGUACACACAUCUUCAUCUAACAUUGCCAUUAAAUGGUUUGUUGGCUUUUUU